CUUUAUAAGCACAACAAUGGCAAUGGCUCAUGAUAGAAUUCAGCAAGUUGUGCUGGUCCUAGAACUCAUUGCUGACGUAGUUGGACUUGGGUUCCUUACCAGCUUUGUUGUUCAACUCAUACGGUUAAUACGCAUAUGCAUAAGGAUUUGGUCCAUUUUGACUGGAAGACAACCUGCUUUUGUUGGCAAUGGCCACCAGGAGGAUAUCCCACAAUACUCUGUAAAUUUUCCAUCAAUGGCAAUGGCGGAUAGAAUUCAGCAAGUUGUGUCGGACCUAGAACUCAUUGCUGAAGUAGUUGGGUCCCUUGCCAGCUUUGUUGAUCAACUCAAACGGUUUAUACGCAUAAGGAUUUGGUCCAUUUGGACUGCAAGACAACCUGCUUCUGUUGGUAAUGGCUACCAGGAUGAUAUCCCACUUGCUGAUGCUAAUGAUGAAGCUGAAGCUGAUGCUGAUGCUGAUGUUGAUGCUGAAGCUGAUGCUGAUGCUACCAAUAGGCAAUAGCCAUGUAAUUGUGAACGAGGAUCUGAACAUCUGACCUCAAAGUACGUGGUCUUUCUCUUUAGACUUUACUGUAAUAGUCCAAGUGCCCCUUUAUGUAACUUCAUCAACUUUUAUUUGAG